UUUUGGAAGAAAGUUUGGAAUUUUCUGUCACAGGAAGAAAAGGAGGGACACCAGAAGAAGUUUGAGUCGAAGGAAUACAAAUGUAUUUGCCGAGAAAAUGUACGAAGGAUAAGUUUACGAAACUGUGUGUGUGAAUAAGUCGCGGAGGCACGGCCUGAGUUUACAUGUGCCACUGAACUGGAUUUAGAGUUUGAGUAAUUUUAAAGCCCGCACUGCCUGCAAGCUACGUUGGACACCAAUGCAUGCACGGAUUGACUGGUUUUAGCCGACUGAACAUGCGUUUUUCUACUUUGUAUGGAUUUUAACGGGCAUUUGGACCUAGUUAGAAAAAUACCAAACAUUGCAUAUGUGGUGUCGUCACCUCUUUGCCGCUGUCAGGUUCAAGAAGUGCAGCUGUCAGCUAGCUGGUCGUGUUUUUAGUUUGUACCCGAACGCCCUCUGUUACAGUCGUUUCUCAUUUUGUAGCACAGUAACAUAUUUUCAAUUGACAGUUCGUGGGCAAAAUUUAAAGCGGAACUUGUGGUUUCAUUGCAGAGAUUUUCAUACCCUUUGGAUACCAGGAGAGUGAACGUGUUCUAUUAUAUUGCGUGUAACAUUAACGUUUAUCUGCGCGCGACUGGCGAAAGAGCUAGCUGGCUAGCAAGCUACAUAUUGUCUCGAGACUGCCUAAUCAUGCCAAUACGAAAGAAAGAUGCACAGCGAGCCCUGUCACUCUUGGAGGAAUAUCGCACUAAACUUAACCACACUGAGGACUGGCAACUGAGACUCUCCAUCCAGAGGGUCAUCGACAUCUUCCAGAGUAACCUUUUCCAGGCACUCAUAGAUAUCCAGGAAUUUUACGAAGUGACCUUAUUGGAUAAUCAGAAAUGUCGGGAGUCCCCGAAGACGUCGGAGCCCAUGCUGCCGGUCAACCUGUGGGAUUUCUCUAGCCUCAAAAGCACAACGGUGACCUCAAACACGCUACCAAGCCUUAGCACCAGCAUAGAGAAAUACAGGCACCACGAUGAGGACACAUUCCCCCAGGAGCAGAGCUCCCCCCAGCUCACUGAUGAGGUCCCUGGCCCCGAGCUGGUCCAGGUGGCCGAGAAGAACCUUUCCCAGAUUGAGAAUGUCCACGGCUACGUGGGCCACGCGCACAUCUCACCCAUGAAGGUAGCUUCUCUGGAAUGCAUCUUUGACGGGCCGUCCACUUUAGGGCAGCAGGAGCUCCCUCCCCCCUUGGCCCCCGCCCCAUACUCCCAAAGCCACGAGGCGUCCCUCCUUCCCACCUGCUCCUCCUCAACCUCCUACCACACAAGCCAGGCGCCAUUCCAGGCGAACCCUCCCCCUGUCGUGGUUAAUACAGACAGUUUGGACACGCCUCCAUAUGUAAACGGAACAGAAGCGGAUUAUGAAUAUGAGGAGAUCACGCUCGAACGGGGUAACUCUGGGCUGGGUUUCAGUAUCGCGGGGGGAACGGACAACCCCCACAUCGGUGAAGACCCCAGCAUCUUCAUCACCAAGGUCAUCCCUGGGGGGGCGGCGGCCCAGGACGGACGACUCCGGGUCAACGACGUCAUCCUGCGGGUGAAUGAGGCAGACGUGCGGGACGUGACCCACAGUCGGGCAGUGGAAGCUCUGAAGGAGGCCGGGUCGCUGGUGCACCUCUACGUCCGCCGGAGGAAGCCUGUCUCCGAGAAGGUGAUGGAGAUCAAGCUAGUGAAAGGACCCAAAGGUCUUGGUUUCAGUAUAGCAGGGGGAGUGGGGAACCAGCACAUCCCAGGGGACAACAGCAUCUACGUCACCAAAAUCAUCGAAGGAGGAGCUGCGCACAAAGACGGGAGGCUACAGAUAGGAGACAAACUUCUGGCUGUGAACAGUGCUUGCCUUGAGGAGGUGAGCCACGAACACGCUGUGACUGCCUUGAAAAACACCCCCGACGUGGUCUACUUGAAAGUAGCAAAACCCAACAGUGUCUUCAUGAAUGACAGUUUCGCCCCGCCUGACAUCACCAACUGUGAGUUUCCACUUUCCUACUCCCAACACAUGGAGAACCAUAUCAGCCCUCCCAGCUACCUGGGCCAGCCCCUUCCCCCUGAGGCCCCGUCAGGACACUACUCGCCAACCCCCAAGAGCAUGCUGGGAGAAGAAGUCACCAGAGAGCCCAGGAAGGUGGUUCUCCACAGAGGGACGACGGGCCUGGGCUUCAACAUAGUGGGUGGAGAGGACGGAGAGGGCAUCUUCAUCUCCUUCAUCCUGGCAGGGGGACCUGCAGAUCUGUGUGGCGAGCUGAGGAAAGGAGACCGCCUCGUCUCUGUGAACGGGGUGGACCUCCGCAGCGCCACUCACGAGCAGGCGGCUGCGGCACUGAAAAAUGCUGGGCAGACUGUAACUAUCGUGGCCCACUACAGACCAGAGGAGUACAGUCGAUUUGAAGCCAAGAUCCACGACCUGCGAGAACAGAUGAUGAACAGCAGCAUCAGCUCGGGGUCGGGCUCGCUGCGGACCAGCCAGAAGAGGUCACUCUACGUUAGAGUCCUAUUCGACUAUGACAAGACAAAGGACUCAGGGCUCCCCUCUCAAGGGCUCAACUUUAAAUUCGGGGACAUCCUGCAUGUGGUGAACGCCUCAGAUGACGAGUGGUGGCAGGCUCGGCAGGUGACCCCGGAGGGUGAGGCAGAGGAAGUGGGUGUCAUCCCCAGCAAGAGAAGGGUGGAGAAGAAAGAGAGGGCACGGCUAAAGACGGUCAAGUUUAACUCCAAGUCGCGAGACAGAGGGCAGUCACUCAAUGACAAGCGUAAAAAGAACCUAUUUUCCCGAAAGUUCCCGUUCUACAACAAGGAUGCAAGCGAGCAGGAAACAAGCGAUGUUGACCAACACAUCACUUCCAAUGCCAGUGAUAGUGAAAGUAGUUACCGUGGUCAAGAGGAGUACGUGCUGUCGUACGAGCCAGUCAAUCAACAGGAAGUGAACUACACCCGUCCAGUGAUUGUUCUCGGUCCCAUGAAGGAUCGGGUAAAUGACGACCUGAUAUCGGAGUUCCCCGACAAAUUUGGGUCCUGUGUACCCCACACAACCAGACCUAAGCGGGACUAUGAGGUUGACACCAGGGACUACCACUUUGUGGUGUCCAGGGAGCAGAUGGAGAAGGACAUCCAGGACCACAAGUUUAUCGAGGCGGGCCAGUACAACAACCACCUGUACGGGACCAGCGUACAGUCGGUGCGUGAGGUGGCAGAGAAGGGCAAACACUGCAUCCUGGAUGUGUCGGGCAACGCCAUCAAGAGGCUGCAGCUGGCCCAGCUCCAUCCCAUCGCUGUUUUCAUCAAACCCAAGUCUAUGGAGAACAUCAUGGAGAUGAAUAAGAGGCUGACAGAGGAGCAGAGCAGGAAGACCUUUGACAGAGCCACCAAGCUGGAGCAGGAGUUCACUGAGCAUUUUACAGCCAUUGUUCAAGGAGACACCUUGGAGGAGAUCUACGAGCAAGUCAAGCAGACCAUAGAGGAACAGUCUGGCCUGUUCAUAUGGGUGCUAUCCAAGGAGAAAUUAUGAAGAGGUCACAACACUUUCUACUCCCCUGUCGUCCUCCUCUCCUUUUUAUUUAUGAUUUUUGCCCUGUUCUGCUGAAACUGGAAACACUACCCUACCACCUGCAAAACGGUCCGAACCUUAUCACCCCCCUUUUCCUCAAUCCCCCUCCUCUGCCAGGCUUCUCUCAUGACCUAAGUCUUCGGUCCCACCGACCGAGAAGUGACAGUGACGGCCAGUGAUGUUGACAACGAAUAGCCAGACCAGCAGAGCAAAGCACAGAGGGGCAGAUGAUGUUGUUCAAACGGUACAGUUCCUUAAUGUUUAAAGGAGGUGACUUUCUAAGAAAAAAGGAAAGUGAAAUAACUUUUUAGUGGCUCACUAAGGCUCACUUUAGUGGCUUAAUAGUACCUCCUAUUUAAGUCUAGUUUUUUUUCGUCCGAAGACAAAGGAAGUUCAGGCAUUAGGUUAUAAGUAGGGGAAACACAAAGCAAAACGUUGCACGUGAUAGCUUUAACAGCAUGUCUUUUUAGUACCUUUUUUCCACUUUCUUUUACCCCCCAACCGUCAUCCUUCAGCAUAUUUAUCAUAGUAGUCUUUUUUUUUUUAUAUAACACAGUUGUAUUCACUUUCCCCCCCGCUCCUUACCAGUGUAUCCAUGUUAGAAAGCCAUUGAAUUUUGUGUCUUUGAGCGGCACACAGAUGUUUCUUGUGCGGCACUUGAUUGAACAGGGUUCUUCAACUCAAGUCCAUUUUCAUGAGCAAAAUGUGAUAUCGCUCCUACUAAAACCCUCUAGAACUUGAGUUUGAGAUCAGAUCAGUGUAAGAACUAUGGAGAGUUUUUAAGCUGUGUCUUGCUGUUUAAAUGACCAUCUUUGAUCGUUUGAAUUGUUUUUGUUUGAGUGCUUUUACAGAUGCAAAAGUAAGGGACUGACAUUUUUAGGUGUCGUUAGGUUUGUCCGCAAAAUGCAGAUGCAAAAAUGUAACAACUUUAUUGUACAAUGAGAUUUUAACAUAUAUUUAACCCUCCGUAAACUGCCUAUUUUGUUAUAAUAAACGUCUAUAUUGAACUUUACUUAAACACUAAUACUAUGGGAAUUAUUUUGAUUGCAUUUUUAAUCAUAUAUAAAUAAAGUAUAAAAGAUAUUUAAAUAUAAAUAUAUAUAUUUUUGUUUUCUUUUACCACCAACUCCUGUAAAAAUGUUUUUUUUAAAGAAAUUAUUAGUCUACAUCAGAAAAACGGUUAUUCUAAUACAGUGCUCCCUUAUUGUGGUUCUAAAGAACCUAUGGGUAUGCUCUUUUCCCCCACAACUAAUACCUCAAUUAUUGAUUAAACUGUGAAAUUAUGAACAGGGUGUCACUAUUGUGAAACAUUAUCCCUGUUUCAAGUUUGAGGUGUAAGGUGAAGUUGCCCCUAGACGCUGAUCUUGGGUCAGUAGAAUUUUCUCCCCAAUGGUUAAGGUUAGGAUUGAUGGAGGGGAAGCUGAUCCUAGUUCUGCACCUGGGGGAAACUUCACUCCGGAGCAGUUAGUCUGUACUGUACCAGGACUAUAGACACCUCUUCCCCUGCCCAGGUAAAACGUAUGUUUUAGAUUAGAGAGCAGUCUCAGAAAGGGCCACUAUGGCAGCUAGUAUCCUCCAGUGUCCUAUUAUAGUAACCGACUAGUUGUCUUUACAUCAUGUGAAAGCCUACAAGAUUUUGAAAAAAAACGAUGUAACCCAUAAAACUACAGAUGACUAGAAGUAAUAUAGCAAAAAUAUUAAAUAACAUAUUUGUUUAUUACACCUGCCAAAUGUUUAAAGGCCCUGACUUGAAAACAACACAGCUUCACGUGAGGAAUGUACUGGCUAUUCUUGAGUGUUUUUUUCCAGAAUGCAAUGAUGCCGGUUCUAUAGUAGAUAUGGGAACUGAAAGCCCAGACUUGACCCAUUGGACUUUUUUUAUAGACUUCGUUCAACGGAGGGCUCUACACAAGGCUUGUGUCCCUCAGCGAGGCCUCCCCCCAUCCUCACCUUCAAGAUAACGGCUUUUUCUACACUACAAAGCUGCUUCUUCCAUCACCUCACCACCUCCACUUUUGGGGGGACUGUCUGGAAACAUGUAAAUAACCUACCGAUUCUCAUUCAUUCCAUUAAUCAGAGAGGAGAACGGCUCAUAAUUGAAUAAAAAAAUAUAACAUUUCUCAUACAACUUA